AUGCACCAGAAGUGCGUCAAGGCACCGAGAAUUCACCAAAAGAAUUCACCACAAUUCAUCCAGUGCCUUGACGCAUUCUUGGUGCAAGGAAUCCGAAAAUGCGUCAAAGCACCAAGAAUGCGCCAAAGCACUGAAUAUGCGUCAACAGUAAUCACAGUUUUACACAUCAUCCACUAUUUUGGAUCGAUUGCCGCACAAAUUUCCAAUGCAGUUUUACUAUAUUUGAUCAUAAAAAAGGCGGGAACACUUUUCGGAUCCUAUCGUUAUGUAAUGGGCGUAUUCUCAACGUAUUCGUUGAUUUAUGCAUGGAUUGAUGCUGCCACGUGUCCCAUUAUGUUGAUUUAUGGUCCCGCGUUCGUUGUUUAUAUGGAUGGACCAUUCAAAUAUAUAUCUUGGAUUGGCAAUAAUAUUGUUUGUCUGUACUGCGGCUUAUUUGCACUUGUGAUUUCUCUUCUGGCUACUCAGUUUUACUAUCGUUAUGUCGUAUUUUGUCGACCCGAAAUAAUGAGCCAUUUGAAUGGCUGGAAAUUGGCUCGACUUUUUAUCCCAUCCAUCAUUUUAGUGAUAAUUUAUUUUACAAUUGUGAAAUUUGGAAUGGCGAUGACUUCUCAAAAAAUCAAUUUUGUAAAAAUUCCGCUGGAAAUUUUUUAUAACGAAAAUUCUGAAAAAGUUCAAUUUUUCGGACCAAUGUAUUAUGGAAUUGGGGUGAAUGGAGAGAAAAUCUGGAAUGUUCCAGACCUAUUAUCAGCUUUUGGGUGCUUUUUGAUCAUUGUAAUUUGCUUUUCCACAAUCGCAUUUUGUGCCACAAAAAUCUAUUUGCAAUUGAAGAGUAAAAGUACACAUUUCAGUGCGAAAACCAUUGAAAUGAAUCGACAACUUUUUGUUACACUCAUUUUUCAGACCCUUCUCCCCUUCAUAACGAUGUAUUCCCCAGUUGGCCUAAUUUUGACUCUUCCAUUUUUCGAAAUUCCCGCCGGCCGAGCAGCCAACUUCGUUGGAGCGAGUUUGGCAAUAUAUCCAUGUUUGGAACCUCUAAUUGCCAUGAUUUGUAUCAAAGAUUUUCGAAAUAUUAUAUUUUGCACCCAGAGGAAGGUAACAACACCAUCCCAAACUGGCACAUUUGGGAAGUGA